AAGACUGACAAAACUGAAAAUCGUGGUGCUUAUGAUUCCGCUGGUGUUCUAACAAAUUCGACCCUGUGCGAUCUACGUUUCGAUCGGGAUACUAAGCCAUUAUUCGAAAGAAGAAACAAAAAAUAAAAACAAACAAAAAACUGGCACCAUGUCCCUGUGGCUGGUUUCCGAUUCGGCGGGCCGACGUCGGAAGAAGCCAACAGCGAAACCCGAUGCGCUGGGCGACUAUUCCCUGGCAACGUUGCCCUCCUACGUACCCGUGUACACUAACGUGUACCCGUACAAUCGCAGCAUGUCGGGCAUUGAAAGUUCGUCAGCAACGAAGCCUACUACUACCGCUACUACUACGACACUCGAAACGUCGAGGACUCGCACUUCUGCCUUGAGCAGAUCGCGUGAUAUCUAUUCCAAGGAUUACCAGUACAAGACGCCGAGUGCCGGCGAUCGGGAGGAGAAAAUUUUUGCGUUGCGAACCCUGUGGCAUCAGAUUGAAGACCAUGUGAAGAGUAUUGAAGACAUGGUGCUUGGGUGUCCGUGUUUCUGUGCUAUAACGAGGAACAGAGCUGCUGUUUCUUUUGUGGUGCGGAAACUUGGAAGCACUGAGAGUUAUUUGCAGGACCUGUGUUGUGUGGAUCAGUCGUCGCGAAACGCCCGAACGCAAGUAGUUCUGGUCGACCGCCGAAACGACGAUGUUCCAACAGUGGCCUCGCGCUGGAAAAGCGCGAACGCCGGGAAUUCCUGGCCAACGUGCCAAGUCUUCGCUUCUGCUGUGUUUCUUAGUUUCCUCGCUCCUGCGUGUCGUGUAAAAAUAACGGGUCCCUUUGGGGUGGCUUUCGUUGCCAUUAACGGGUGGAUUCGGUGA